GCAGACCUCAGCCAGGCCAGCUUCGGCGUAACCAGCGCCUGGGAGCGUAGAGCAGCAUGGGGGAGCUGCAGCCUGUCCCACGCUGCCUGUCUCUGGCGCUUGCCCCGAUGGGCCGUGGGCGGCUGUAGGGAUGUGAUCUGCCGGCCCACGGAGCUACAGCCCGAGAGAGCCCGCGGGGAGGCCGCCAGAGCAAACCCCUCGGCGAGGCUCGUUGGCCUCUCUGGAGCCCGGCACGUGGCUGGGCCAGGCCACCGGCAUGAUGUGCGAGGUGAUGCCCACCAUCACUGAGGGCGACCCCCUGGGGUCCCAGCAGGGCCCCGAUGCGGAGGCCAACUUCGAGCAGCUCAUGGUGAACAUGCUGGACGAGCGAGACAAGCUGCUGGAGACGCUGCGGGAGACGCGGGAGACGCUGGCCCUGACCCAGGGCCGGCUACAGGAGACGCUGCACGAACGAGACCAGCUGCAGAGGCAGCUCAGCUCGGCCCUUCCGCAGGAGUUUGCCACCCUCACGAGAGAGCUCGGUACCUGUCGCGAGCAGCUGCUGGAGAGGGAAGAGGAGAUUUCGGAGCUGAAAGCCGAGCGGAACAACACGAGGGAGUUUGCCACCCUCACGAGAGAGCUCGGUACCUGUCGCGAGCAGCUGCUGGAGAGGGAAGAGGAGAUUUCGGAGCUGAAAGCCGAGCGGAACAACACGAGGCGCAGUGGGCAGGAGGUGGAGCACGUGCCCUGCUCCGUCGCCCGCAUGGGGGGCGGCCGUGAGCCUGUUCUGGAACUGGAAAGGAAAGAAACGGCCUGUCCGGAUGCCAGAGAGCAGGGCCCGGCAGGCGGCGGGGGGCGCUCGGAGCACCUGGAGUGCCUGGUGUCGCGGCACGAGCGCUCGCUCAGGAUGACGGUGGUGAAGCGACAGGCCCAGUCCCCGUCCGGCGUCUCCAGCGAGGUGGAAGUCCUCAAAGCGCUCAAGUCGCUGUUCGAACAUCACAAGGCGCUGGAUGAAAAGGUGAGAGAGCGCUUGCGAGCAGCCUUAGAGCGCGUGACGACCCUGGAAGAGCAGCUGGCAAGCGCCCGUCAGCAGGUGACGACCCUGCAGCAGGGCCCGGCGCAGAGGGAAGCCCCGGUCGGAGAGGAUGAGAAAAGGGGGGAGGACAAGGAGCCAGGGCAGAAGAGUCUGCGGAAGGCCCUGGCCCAGAAGGACGACAUGGAGGAGAGGAUCACCACGCUGGAGAAGCGCUACCUGGCAGCCCAGAGGGAAGCCACCUCCAUCCACGACCUCAACGACAAGCUGGAGAGCGAGCUGGCCAACAAGGAGUCUCUGCAUCGCCAGUGCGAGGAGAAGGCUCGGCACCUCCAGGAGCUGCUGGAGCUGGCGGAGCAGAAGCUGCAGCAGACGAUGAGGAAGGCGGAGACGCUGCCGGAGGUGGAGGCAGAGCUCGCCCAGCGGAUAGCAGCCCUUACCAAGGCAGAGGAGCGGCACGGGAGCAUCGAGGAGCAUCUGCGGCAGCUGGAGAGGCAGCUGGAGGAGAAGAACCAGGAGCUGUCCAGGGCCCGGCAGCGGGAGAAGAUGAAUGAGGAGCACAACAAGCGGCUCUCUGACACAGUGGAUCGGCUGCUGAGCGAGUCCAACGAGCGGCUGCAGCUUCACCUGAAGGAGCGGAUGGCAGCCUUGGAGGAGAAGAACGCCUUUUUUCAAGAGCUGGAGGGCACCCAAAAGCAGAUCGAGGAGCAGCAACACGACAAGAGGAGGUUGUCCGACGAGAUUGACAAGCUGCGGUCGGAGGUGGACCAGCUGCGGACCAGAAGUGGGACGUUUGUGGACGGCCUACACCCAAGAUCCCACAUGGGCAGUGCCACGGAUCUGAGGUACCCCCUGAGCGCGGUGGUUCAUGCCCCAGCUGAGGCCUUCGGGACGCCUCCUGGACUGCACCGGCCGCAGAAGAGUCGGUUUGUGGCUCUGCGGGAAGAGCCCCCCAAGGACUGGGAGCCGGCCCCGCCCGGCGGCGUGCUGGCCACCGUGUCGCACGCCUUUGACAGCGACCCGGACAUCUCGGACGUGGAGGAGGACGACGAGGGAGAAGCCCAUGAUGAGGGGGGAGCCCUGUGGUGCCUGGCCGCUGGAGAGGCGGAAGGUGGGCCGGGGGAUCCCCGGGAGCCAGGCCCCCCAGCGGGAAGUGGGAAUUGUGCCUCACCCCGCCUGCAAUCGCUCAGGAUGAUUCAGGAGGAGAAGGAAUCCACGGAGCUGCGCGCCGAGGAGCUGGAGACCCGCGUCACGAGCGGCAGCAUGGAGGGCCUCAAUCUGAUGCAGCUGCGCAAGAUGAUUCAGGAGGAGAAGGAAUCCACGGAGCUGCGCGCCGAGGAGCUGGAGACCCGCGUCACGAGCGGCAGCAUGGAGGGCCUCAAUCUGAUGCAGCUGCGCAAGCGGGCGUCCAUCCCCACCUCGCUGACAGCCCUGUCCCUGGCCAGCGCCUCGCCCCCGGGCAGCGGGCCUAACUCUCCUCUUUGUCCCUUUCUGUUUUCCUCUUGCCGCCAGCCCAGUGACUUGCGGAAGCACCGGAGGAAACUGCUGUCACCAGCUGCUCGGGAUGAGAACCGAGAAGAUAAAACCACCAUAAAAUGUGAGACUUCCCCCCCUUCCUCACCCAGGACGCUGCGGCUGGAGAAGCUGGGGCACCCUGCGCUCAGUCUGGAGGAUGGCAAGAGCUCUUUGGAGGAGCAGACAAGCAACCUGAGCAGCAGCAGCCAGGACUCCCUGCACAAAGGCGCCAAGAGAAAAGGAAUCAAAUCGUCCAUCGGGCGCCUGUUUGGCAAGAAAGAGAAAGGCCGGCUGAUUGAGCUGAGCCGAGACGGAGCCACCGGGCACGUUCUGCUGACCGAUCCUGAGCUCAGCCUACAGGACGUGCUAGGGCUUGGCAAGCUGGGUGCCCAGGCGGAGAAGGACCGACGGCUGCGGAAGAAACAUGAGCUUUUGGAAGAUGCGCGGAGGAAAGGCAUGCCCUUUGCUCAGUGGGACGGCCCGACCGUGGUCUCUUGGCUGGAGCUGUGGGUGGGCAUGCCCGCCUGGUAUGUUGCAGCCUGCAGAGCCAAUGUGAAGAGCGGCGCCAUCAUGUCUGCCUUGUCCGAUACAGAGAUCCAGCGCGAGAUCGGCAUCAGCAACCCCCUGCACCGGCUGAAAUUGCGCCUGGCCAUUCAGGAAAUGGUGUCGCUCACGAGUCCUUCGGCCCCACCCACCUCCAGGACGUCCUCGGGAAAUGUCUGGGUCACGCACGAGGAGAUGGAGAACAUGGCAACUUCCACAAAAACGGACACAGAGGAGGGCAGCUGGGCACAGACGCUGGCCUACGGGGACAUGAACCAUGAGUGGAUUGGGAAUGAAUGGCUGCCAAGUCUUGGGCUCCCACAGUAUCGCAGCUACUUCAUGGAGUGUCUCGUGGAUGCUCGGAUGCUGGACCACCUGAGUAAGAAAGAUCUCAGAGUGCACCUGAAGAUGGUUGACAGCUUCCACCGCACCAGCCUGCAGUACGGCAUCAUGUGCCUCAAGAGGUUAAGCUAUGACCGCAAGGAGCUGCAGCGGCGGCGAGAAGAGAGCCAGCACGAAAUCAAAGAUGUUCUGGUCUGGACCAACGAUCAGGUCAUCCACUGGAUCCAGUCCAUUGGGCUUCGGGAGUAUGCAAAUAACCUCGGCGAGAGUGGAGUCCAUGGAGCUCUCCUUGCUUUGGAUGAAAACUUUGACCAUAACAGUCUGUCACUUGUCCUGCAGAUACCCACUCAGAACACCCAGGCACGGCAGGUGAUGGAGAGAGAAUUCAACAAUCUGCUCGCCCUGGGCACGGACCGGCGGCUGGACGAUGGCGAGGACAAGGCCUUCCGGCGCACCCCGUCCUGGAGAAAGCGCUUCCGCCCUCGGGACGUGCACAGCAUCAACAUGCUCAGCAGCUCCGCCGAGACGCUCCCCGCCGGGUUCCGCGCGACCUCCCUGGUGCCCUUGCCACCCCCCUCGGCCCCGCUGAAGAAAAUACCCCCGGAAGUUGCCACGUCUGGGCCACAGAGACUGGAGACCUGGACCAGUCUUGAAGGGGAAUCAGCCCUAGCUGGGGCACAUUCCCACUACCUGUACGGCUACACGCUGGCUGCCUUCCGGGACUAG